AUGAGUCGUGGCCAACGUCUUGAUCCCAUAUACGAGGAAAUCACACCCGCGGACCAUCAAAUUUUAUGCCUUGGAGGCACAUCGUCCAACCUCGAGAGACUGCAGUCUCGGUUGCAAGGAGCAAAGCGGAAAUCGCCAGACUCCAGAAUCCAGCUGGAAGAAACUGCGUAUGAGAUGAGCUAUCUCAAGGCCGAGCUUCAGUGGCAUAAAGAGACCAAACAGAUACUCUUGCAGUUCCAAGAAAGCGUGUUUGAUAUCUUUGGCUCCCUGGAAGAUGCCCUCGCCCGAGCAACCGCGCGCCUGCACGAGUCGGAACGUCAAUAUCUGAUGCUUUGGGAAUCCAAUUCUAAAUGCGGAACUGGGGGUUUCUUCUGA